AUGAACGAUCUUUUCUCAAAUUCGUUUAAAAAAUACCAAGACCUGAAGGAUCAGGUUCAAAUGGAUGACCUUGAAGCUGGUGGAAAUGAGUCUGUCAAUCUCGAUAGAUUUUUCGAAGAUGUAGAGAAUGUCAAAAAAGACAUGAGUGAUGUAGAGAAACUCUACAAGAGGCUACAAGAAUCAAAUGAAGAAAGCAAAAUCGUUCACAAUGCUAAAACCAUGAAAGAAUUGCGGUCCAAAAUGGAUUCUGAUGUAGCCCAGGUUCUUAAACGGGUUAAGGUUAUCAAAGGAAAGCUUGAAGCACUUGAACGUUCCAAUGCAGCUCAAAGGAAGAUCCCAGGUUGCGGUCCGGGUUCCUCUGCUGAUCGAACAAGGACUUCUGUAGUUAGCGGAUUAGGCAAAAAACUGAAAGUCAUGAUGGAUGAUUUUCAGGGUUUGAGGGCAAGGAUGAAUGCAGAAUACAAAGAGACUGUUGGCAGGAGAUAUUUCACCAUAACCGGGGAAAAAGCGAAUGAAGAUUUGAUCGAGAAUUUGAUAUCGAGUGGUGAAAGCGAAACAUUCCUUCAGAAGGCUAUUCAAGAACAAGGGCGUGGCCAGAUUCUCGACACGAUUUCAGAAAUUCAAGAAAGACAUGAUGCUGUGAAGGAGAUCGAGAAGAAUUUGAUCGAACUUCAUCAGAUUUUCUUAGACAUGGCUGCACUUGUUGAAGCACAAGGGCAGCAAUUAAAUGACAUCGAAAGCCAUGUGGCGCAUGCGAGCUCUUUUGUUAGGCGAGGCACCGAGAAUUUGCAGGAAGCCAGAGAGUACCAGAAAAGCUCAAGAAAAUGCACUUGUAUAGCCAUUCUCCUCAUCAUAGCGGCCAUUCUCCUCCUCCUUUUCCCAAUUUGGUCACAAUUUUUGCUUCAUCUGUAG